UGGGUUUGCGUGCCAGGAGCGACUGGCGGCACUAGCUAACAAGCGCCGUUGGAUGGGGGAACCAGGAAUCAUGGCUGGGGUUGAUUAGAAAAGGGACACCGCACGCACGACUUCGAUCCACACCCUAGGACAGACACGGAAGAACAUAACAGAGCAGAACAGAUGACAGUCUGGUUCUCAGUUAGUUGUCUGCAACAUGUCGUGCCAUGCUGGUGGCGGAAGUGGCGUUCGUUGCCUGCGCUAUCCUGCCGGUGGGCAUGGCCGCUAUCAGGGCAAGUGGCUGAGGAAUCAACACCACGGCUACGGGGUAAAGUCGAGCGGUCGCGGCUUGGUGUACGAGGGAGAGUGGCAGCGGGGCCAGCGUCAUGGAUACGGAACCAUGCGGCGGGAGUCCCCCGGUGGUCAGGUGCAUCGCCUCUAUGUGGGCCAGUGGCGUCAGGACAGGCGCAGCGGCGAGGGCAAGCAAUACUACGACGAUGGAUCCGUCUACUUUGGCCAGUGGCAGAUGAACAAGCGGCAUGGACGCGGCAUUCACUGGUAUGCGGACGGACGCAUCUAUGUGGGGGAAUGGCUACAGGAUGCCAUGCACGGGCGGGGCGUCCUCUUCUCGGGUGAGUCCUCAAACAAAACACAAACCCACUAGGCUCCUCGUUGAUCCAUCUGUUCCGCCUGUGUGUGUGUUCAGCAAACGGAAAUCGCUAUGUGGGAGAGUUCGA